AUGGCAGAAUCAUGUCAUGACCCCUCCCCUCCUACAACAGAACUCUCCAGAGCAGAGCGCUUCAAAGCCACGCAUCUCGCCGCGCGCCAUGGCAAUUACCACCAAUAUUACUCUCAAUUCCGGGAGCCCGUUGUGCCGGACGAACGUCUUUCCAUUCUUCCGUCGGAUAUCCUCCAGAACGCACGAGUCAUAGACCUAGGUUGCAACGCGGGUAAACUGACCUAUGAGGCGAUAACACACUGCGGCGCAUCUGCCUCAGUCGGCGUCGACAUCGACCCGUGGCUGGUCGAGCAGGCGAAGGCAGCGUACCCGGAUGGACCGUGCACAUUUGAGCACUUUGACUUCGUGGAUGCGUCCGCGUACACGGGUACCGCGCUGGGCAAGUUCGACGUUGCCCUACUGCUCUCUGUGACCAAAUGGGUACAUCUCAAUAACGGAGAUGCCGGGAUGCUCAAGCUAUUUGCACACAUACACGAUAUAUUGAAUGAUGGGGGCUAUCUCAUCGUAGAGCCGCAGCCUAUGAGCAAUUAUGCGAAAGCUUCGAAGAAGAAUAAGGAAUUAAGAGAGACGUAUAAGACGAUCCAAAUCCACCCGCCAUUUGAUGAUGAGUUGAAGGGGCAGGGAUUUGAGAGGUUAUUGGGAUUUCAGAGGGAUGAGGAAGGUUUUGCUAGGCCCGUACAUGUUUGGAGGAAAAGGUCAUGA